AUGGCUUUUCAACGAAUAAUUUCUAUUUCGGAUAGACUGUCGGACCCGUAUGAGCAUUUUACUGAAAGUCCCCUUAUUUUGCCUUCGACAAUCUUUAAUGGGUUAUUUCAUUUAACACUAAUUGGCAAGUUGGACGGAUCCAUAAUCGUUCACGAACACUCAACGGAUGUGAGAUUUACACUUAGGAUUCGUUUCACUUCAGUGAAGUAUCUGGGCUUUGAUUCUCACUAUAAAAUCAUCCUAUGUUUAUACAACGAUUGUAUUGUCACUGUACCUCUUAAAACUUUUAAACUCAUUGUCGCCGAAAUCUUAACUGGGAAGGGUUGUUUGUCAGGGGAUGUCGACUUGACCGUGGACCUCUCAGUCGUUGUCCAUUAUAACCCUAGUUAUGUGAAUGAUCCAUCCACUGUGCAAUGUAUAUAUAGAUCAACGGGUUUUUUUGAUUUUAUUGUUGAAAAUUCGAUUUCACUGAGCUGUGAUAGAUACGACCCGGCCACAAUGCUCCAAUCGGCCUAUUUUGCAGUUGACACAAAUGUUCCCUACAUUUCUUUUUUCCAAAGUUUCUCUAGGCGGAGUUUAUCUGUCAUGCCAAAGGGGUAUCAUCAAGUGAAGGAGAAAAUGAAGGACAUUGCAUCGCAGUUGGGAAGUCGAACAAGACCCUUUUGGACCGAGUCUGAGAAUGGACCGUGCUACGUGUGGCCUGGAAAUCCCAACUGGACCCUUAAAAAGCUCUAUAGUCUCGCCGACAUGAGUCGCGGCGCUCUUAGGGGCACCUUUUCUGUCUCCUCCGAUCAUCGAUUUGGCGCAAUUACAGACGAUCAGUCACGUAUUACUCUUGUAGACCUUCAUCGCGGUGUUGCUCUACGAUUUUGGAAGGGCUGCAAGGAGGCACAGACUUGCUUCGUCGACGUCAGCGAACGCUUUCCACCCGCUGGUCGUCUGCCACGAACUGCUAAAUUUAUACUCAUUCACCUACCUCGUUCCAACAACCUUGAAGUUUGGUCGCUAGUCCACGGACCACUGUUAAAGUGCUGGUCGACUAACGGGUCCCUACGUUUCCUUCUUCCGCAUAUGGGUGCCCUCAGUCGAUCUCUCAAACAUUUUAACGCUCUCUGUGUUGUGGGGAAUGAACAUCUGGUUGGGAUUCGUCUGAAUCUUGAUUUGUGGUUUCCACAUACGCCUGAGGCUGGAGAUUUUGAGACAUUUUCUCGGCUUCGGGGAUGGAUUUGCUCGAGGGCGUUUAAGGCCUCCUUGAAGUCUAAUUUUGCAGCCUCUAUUACCAAACUGGAAGGCCUUCUUGGAGAUUUCACCCUACCUGAUUGGUUCCUCAAGGCCGUGUGGAUUCUCCUCCGUACCGAAUUGAUCGACUUAAGCACAUGGGUUGCGGAGAAACUUGUGGAUCUAGGGAAUUCAUUUCCCUUUGAAGAACCGAAGAAGCACGCGUUUCAGAAACAUUUGGAAAAAAUUUGUAGCCUUAUCCACUUUUACCAUAGUCUUUCAAGGAUGCACAAGGCGCAAAUGGCUCAUUUUUUUCCCGUAUGUGGAAAGGCGACGAAUUUGCCUAAGUUUCUCCAACCAUGGACGUUUUUUCGUGCCGCGGCACACUCUCGUCUCUUUUGGAUUUCUUUCGACAAACGUCAUCAGGACAAAACUGCAGCUCAUGAGACUCUGUUAGGGCAAGCCAUAUUUACAGCCUUCUUCUGGGGAGCCAUCUCGGCAGAAUCGUUUAUCAAGUUCCUCAAUGACGCACCCUUCACCUACGAUUACCUUUUGGUCUUAGCCACCAGAUUCCUCGUGACACAAUCGACGCUACCGCCUCAGGUGUCACCGUCUCGUCUCACUCAGCUGACACAGACGCUGUUCUCCAGCCGACCACAUCACCUGUCGGCAGCUUUCGUGAGGAUUUACAGUGUCAUGCUAGCCUCCCACAACUACGCCUCGUGUCUUGUAGUGUGUGCCGCCCUGGUGGGAGCUGGAGAGGCGGAGCAGCAACUUGCAGAUCAACAGCCACGUGGAAGUGACAAAAAUGUCGAAGAUGGUCCCGAAAAAACCGCAGCUCCAGACGUCCUGCAGUCUAGCUUAGAAAGUCUUCGGUGCCGUAUAAAGCACCUGCAGGAUAUGGUCAUCUUCAACCGCUGUCUAGCAUCCUUCCGUCGAGGUUACAAUCUACCGAGAUGGACGCCUCGUGCCUACAGUGUGCGUCACGUCUUUCAACGCGGCUCGGAUCACUUUACUAGCGAAUUCGCGCGAUGCCUGGCCGGCUCCCAACUGAAAGGCAGUGAAGUGCUUGCAAUUUAUCGCGGUUUUGUUGCUGAGACUGCCACAAAUGAAUUUUGGGAUGAGGACCUACCCUUCACUCCACCCGCCUGGACUCGUGUCAUCGUCCCACUAUCACCUCCACCGCUGGCGAAACGGCUACCACUGCGUCGUGCCUUCCUUGAUUGGCUACUGCAAUCCUCCGCUCGUCGAUCCGACCAACGCCUUGACUCCCACCGCUUUCGCUCACGUCUGUCCGCUGUUGCCAUGCAUCUAGCUGUGGCGUGGGGCCUUCCACCUGGACUCAUACACGCCCUCCACGUGGUCGCGCUCUACACAGCCUGGUCAGACCGAGAGGCAGAGGCUGAGUUGGUCUCCUCCUCUUUCUCCUCCACCCCAUUCUCAGUUGGUAACGCCGGUGCCAGUCUCUUCCACCUCCUCGCCAGCCGCAUUUGUUUUCUCGACGAACAGAUGUCAGGUCGACUGCUGACGGACGCAUCGAAGAGCUUGCGCGCCGUGUUAGCGUGCCUGUGGGAGAAGGGCUCGUCGGGAGUGGAUGCGGUGUCUCGAGAAGAUGCACCAUCAAUGGCGGAGCAGAUGUUGAGUGCCAGGAGGCUAGUGGACUUCCUCGUGGAGCAUCUUCCCCAACAGUCAAAUCAACAUGCCAUGGCGAUGGAGAUUGGUGAACUGCUACACACUAUUGACCAAUUGCCCCAAUAA